AAAAGAUUUUGGUUUUGAGAUGGCAUCCUUCUAUAUAUUCAUCCAUCUCUCAUAUGUUUACCCAUUCCAAAGUGUGUUUUCUUUCCAGUUGAUUGGGUGAAGGAGAAGGAAGGAUAAGAAGGAAUGUCGGACUAUCUCCCAGAUGAGGUGUUGCUGGAGAUACUUCAGAGACUAAGCGUGAAAUCACUAAUUCAAUUAAGGUGCGUUUCAAAAUCAUGGAACUCUCUAAUCACAAGCUCUGCUUUAAUAAAUUCCCACCUCGCUCGAUCACUUUCACUUCCCUCCAAAUCUAACAAUUUAAUUGUUAGAUAUCGCAUUGAUAGACCCUAUGUAGAGCACUACAAAUUAAUUCAUGAUGACAAUGCCUCAUUUGAUCAAAUUCAACAACUUGAGAUCCCAGUAAAGUGUCUUCAUAUUAACCAUUUUAUAUUAAUUGGUUCCAUCAAUGGAUUGUUCAGCCUUUAUGAACUAGACCGCUUUAUUCUUUGGAAUCCCUCUAUUGGGAAAUCUAUUACCCUUCCCAAACCUUGCAUUAAGACGCAUGACUUUGGUAUAUGUUAUCCAGCAUUUGGGUUUGAUCCGCGGACUAAUGAUUAUAAGGUGGUGAGGAUUGUAGUUCAAUGUGUACUUAUGUACAAAGGGCCCAAGCAAACUCUGGUUGAGAUUUACUCUCUUAAUGAGGGCUCUUGGAGAAUAACUAGUGCUGGCGCCUCUUAUCCGCUGGGUAUUAGUUUUAAUUAUUGGAGGCGACCAGCAGCUUCUUUAAAUGGGGUUGUACAUUUUGCAGCGAAUGUUAAGGGCAGUGCCUUUAGUCCAUUAGUUUUGUCAUUUGAUUUGGGUGAUGAGGUUUUUCGCAUGAUACCAGUGCCGGAUAGUACAUUUAAAGAAGAUGAUGACGUUCAUACCACAGUAAUUGCGGGAUCGCUUACUCUAUUAUGUCAUGACCCUGCUAUGCAUACAUUCAACAAGCAUUGUUCCAUUUGGAUGAUGAAAGAGUAUGGCAUCGUUGAUUCUUGGACUAAACUGUGCACUGUUGAUCUCAACAGAGAAAUUAUAAGGGUAUUAGGUCUCCGGAAGAAUGGACAUAUAUUUGUAGUGGCAAAACUACCAUGUGAUUGGGAGCUCUCUUCGUAUGACCUUGAGAGCCAACAAGUAAAGAAAUUGGGGAUAUGUGGGAAUCCAUACUUUUUCCAUAUUGAUGAUUACAUGGAAAACCUUGUCUUACUUGACAAACCAAAUGAUGCAGUUUCCAAAAGGGAGAGUGAGUAGGAAGAAGAAAUGCAUGUAAACCUUUAUUCAACUAAAAAUUUCAGCAUUUAUUUUUGUCAUUAUUUUUGGUAUAUAUUAGAUAUUGUUGUGUGGCUGUAAGUAGAGAUCAAGUUACAAACCUCACUAAACAGCUAUGUAGUUUGUUCUUGAAUGCCUAUAAAGAAAUGUCAUAAUUGUUAAAUACAAUCUUGUGGUUGUGGUUGUGGUUGAUGAUUGGAUUAAACAUUUGCAAGCAGAAAAACAGUAAAUGUAUAUGAAAGACUGAUGUUAUUAUCUUUUUGUAUAUGUUAAACUUGUCACAUCUA